CACAGCUGCUGCAACCUUUACUCCAUACGCCAUCAAAAGAGUAUGUGAAAAUGCAGGUUUCCAGUAGAUUGACUUUAAUUAAUCAUAAAUAGCCCACUGUGGGGGGAAGGUGAUGCUGAAUAGGAAUCGAUCUGAACUUGCUGUUAAGGUAACAACCAAAACGAAAAACUGCUCAGAUAAGAAUGUGCCCUAAAACGUCAAUAGACUAACCUGGGAUGAACCUGGUAGAGUCUAUAGCUUUUUUAGUAUGGAUGCUCUCCUCACACUCCUUGGUUUUCUUACUUUUGCAGUGAAGACAAGCACAGGGUCACAUUCCUUGGUGGUGUUUGCAACAUUCAUCAUUGGACACACUCCGUUCCCAGAGUUCAGCGCGGUUGUGAUGCUGGACGAUGUCCAACUGGGUUACUACGACUCAGACGUGAGAAAGUUUAUUUUGAGAGGACUCACGUCCGAGCCUGAGGAUGUUGUACUUCAGGAGGAUGCCAGUGUGGUCUUUGGACACGUAAACAGGGGCAUGAAAUACAGAGCCUCUCACCUGAGACAGCGGUCCAACCUCACGGGCGCAGGCAUCUACGUCCAGCAGAGAAUCACAGGCUGUGAGUUGCUGGAUGAUGACCAGCCUGGUCCAAUGGCAGUGAAAGACGCCUUCAACGGGCAGACUGGAGACCAUCUGUCCUUCACCAAUGACCAGCACAGCUUCUGGAACCAGUGGCAGUGGCCAGCCAUGUGGGACAAGCUGCAGUUUAGCCAGGUGAAGUGGCUGUAUGAGAACAUCUACCAGCCCAUCUGCCUCAGGACCCUCAGGACAUAUCUGAGGAAACAGAGGAAUCGUGUCAUGAGGAAAGUGAAGCCCAGAGUCCGGCUCCUCCAGAAGACACUCCCAGACUCUAGAGGGGCCAAAGUGACCUGUCUGGCCACUGGUUUCUACCCCCGUCACAUCAACCUGACCCUGCUCAGAGACGGGCAGUCCGUUUCUGACCACCAGAUCACUGGCGGAGAGCUGCUACCCAAUGGAGAUGAGACGUACCAGAUGAGGAAGAGCUUGGAGGUCAGCCCAGAGGAAUUACAGCAUCACCACUACACCUGUACAGCUGAACAUCUCAGCUUGGACAACAAGCUGGAUAUUGCUUUGGGGAGUGAAUGGGGCUCAGCCACUACAACCAUAGCGUCCACUGCACUGGUGGCUGUGUGUGUGUGCCUGAUCGGAGCUGCUACCGGAGUCUUUCUAUUGUGUAAGAAGAACACAACAAAAGAUAAGGGCUCCCAGAUUUCUCUACAGAGUAACUACACAGCAACUCCAGGGGAAGACCCAAGUGAGGCAUCCAGUGACACACAUUCAUAAGGAGCUGUCAUCACAUAUGGAUAACAAAAUUGUGGAACAUUCACAGGAGAUGUUCACAGAGCACCAUAUUUACUCAAAUAUAAUAUAUAUUAUACAUAUAAUAAUAUAUCAACAAUCCUAGCAACCAUGAAAACAAAGUAAUACUAACCUCAACCUCAAGUUCUGAGGCUCUGGAGUUCUAAGAGUGAGACACUGAAAUAUCAUUCCAUUAACUCUGCCUGUGAGAGCUGUUUUCUGAUGCUCAAUGUGCUGUUCCUAUGUGUUAAUCCCUGGUACUGGAGCUGGGUGAAAUUGCGUUUAAUGUCUUCUGCACUUGUGGAAUUUUUCUGUACCCUGACAGCAUUUUAUUUUAUACAUCUGCAUGUAGGCCUAUAUGUUUAUUUUUUACCUCCGCGAAGGACUCAAAAAGUUACAGAUGGAUUUCGAUUAAAUUUUCAGGAAAGGUCUGAAAUGACCCAAGGAAGAAACAAUCACCAUCUGGAUUCAGGAGGCGGCUCACACAAUAUGUGUGAAACAUUAAAACAUUUUUCAGUAAAACAUGUUGAUAUGACACAUUUGUGUGUAAAAUUAGAUGUACCACAUAGCAGUACAAAAUAUGACCGCCACUCAGUCCUCGAAAUCACUCUUCAAUUUGUCUCCAUCUGCCUAUGUGUGUGUGUGUGUGUGUGUAUGUGUGUGUGUGUGUGUGUGUGUGUGUGUGUGUGUGUGUGUGUGUGUCUCAUGCUUGUAAAAAUUUACCGGCAACCCUUUGCUCAACACCGCCAUCUACAGGCCAACUGGUAUACAGUCACUAAAUGUACACAUAAAUAAUUGUAGCCCUCUCUCCCUAUGGAGCGAUUUGCAUCGACCCAUUUCAUACACUCUUCUUGGCCAUGGGUUCAUUCUCCAUCCAGUUAAUGUGAUAAGCUGAGAGUGAAUCCACAGAGGCCACUGCCAGUGUUGCUUUGUUCCUCUCUCCAGCCCAAUCCACACCAUGCCCUUGUGCUGAGAGUCUGCAGACUUUAACAGACUUGUCAUAUUCCUCAUAUUCUCUGCAGUGGCCAGGUCAAUAUGGACUUUCCUGCAGUACUCCUGAGCUUCUGCCCAUGUUUUAAACUCAUUGAUGUAGGCCUACUGCACCGCAGAUAAAUGCCAGAGUAGGCCUCAGUGCUGCAUGGGUAGGAGCAGACAUGCACCUUUGGCCAUGGAUAUGGAGUUUCAUCUCAUGCCAUGAUUUUAUCUGACACCGUGAUUUAAGAAAAUACCACUGAAUUAUUUGUGCAUCCCUUUCUCAUGAAGGCAAUGUCCCAAUGUUUCAUUUGGACUCAAUUAUGAACUGAUUGUUGGUCAAGACCCACGUCACUGUG